AUGUCGCCCAACCCAGAGUGGGUGAAGAAGCUGGUCGUGGCCUCGCCGCAAGGGAGCGAGCUGCUGGCCACGGAACGCGCGAGCAGCAACCUCGACACCGACCAGCUCGCCGAGUACCUGUUUGGCAAGAAUGAGCUCGAGACGCGCGAGCGGGUGCUCAAGAUCCUCACUGCCGAGCCCGUCUUUGACAAGUCCCAAAACUACUUCCAGGGCCGCGAGGCGCGCAUCGAGGCCUCCCUGGCCAAGGCCAAGCGCCUGCGCCAGCUGCAGCUCGAGCACAACUGGUCCCAGGACGAGUACAUGAUCGCCAACGACCUGCUGAGCGAGCCGACCCCGUACGGUCUGCACGCCUCCAUGUUCCUCAAGACCCUGCGCGACCAGGGCACGCCCGAGCAGCAUAAGCUCUUCCUCGACAAGGCCGAGCAGUACAAGAUCAUCGGGUGCUACGCCCAGACCGAGCUCGGCCACGGCUCCAACGUCCGCGGCCUGGAGACGACGGCCACCUGGAACCAGAGCGACAAGACGUUUGUCCUCCACUCGCCGCACCUCACCUCGUCCAAGUGGUGGAUCGGCUCGCUCGGCAAGGUCGCCAACCACGCCGUCGUCAUGGCGCAGCUCGUCAUUGAUGGCAAGCGCUUCGGCCCGCACCCCUUUGUCGUCCAGAUCAGAGAUCUCCAGACCCACGAGCCCCUGGAGAACGUCCACGUGGGCGACAUUGGCCCCAAGUUCGGCUACAACACCAUGGACAAUGGCUUCCUCCUCCUCAACCAGGUCAAGGUGCCGCACGUCAACAUGCUCGCAAAGUUCUCCCACGUCGACCCGCAGUCAGGGAGGUACCAGCGGCCCUCCAACCCCUCGGCCGUGUACGGCACCCUCACCUGGGUCCGCAGCAACAUUGUGCUGCAGUCCGGCUCGGUCCUGGCGCGUGGCGUCACCAUUGCCACGCGCUACUGUGCCGUGCGCCGCCAGUUCCAGGAUCUCGACGCCAAGGGCAACGUGGGCGAGAACCAGGUCAUCAACUACACCAUGGUGCAAUACCGCCUGCUGCCCCUCCUCGCCGCCACGUUCGCGCUCCACUUUACAGGACGCAGCAUGAUCAACAUGUACGAGGAGGCCCAGAAGAGGAUGGCGGCCGGCCAGGAUGCCGGGCAGCUGAGCGAUGCCAACCGACGACCGGGCCCCGAGGAGAUCAACCCGGGCACCGACCUGCUUGCCGACCUGCACGCCACGUCGUGCGCCCUCAAGGCCUACGGCAGCACCGUGGCGGGCGAGGGACUCGAGGUCUGCCGCCGUGCCUGUGGCGGCCACGGCUACAGCUCCUUCUCGGGCAUCGGGACCUGGUUUGCCGACUACCUGCCCACCCUCACCUGGGAGGGCGACAACUACAUGCUGACGCAGCAGGUCUGCCGCUACCUGCUCAAGACCGCCCGCGCCGUGCUCGAGGGCACCGCGGGCGACAACGACACCUCGCGGAGCUUCAAGGCCUUCCUGGCGCGCCGGGACACGGGCGCCGCCUUUGACAUCCUCACGUCCGACAAGGAUCUCGUCGACGCCUUUGCCUGGCGCGUGGCGUACCUCACCUUUGAGGCGCUGCAGCACCGCGACGCGGACAAGCAGUCGUGGAACAGCCUCCUCGUCGACUUCCACCGCCUGAGCACGGCGCACGCGCAGUACAUGGUGGUCAAGUCCUUCUACGACGCCCUCGCCGCCGAGUCGGCGCCCGGCUCGCUCGACCGCCAGACCACGGGCGUCCUCCACAAGCUCUUCCGCCUCUUUGCGCUGCACACCCUGGAGCGCGAGGCGUCCGAGUUCUUCUCGAGCAGCGCGACGACGGUGCGCCAGAUUCAGCUCUCGCGCAAGGCCGUCAUGAAGCUCCUCGAGGACGUCCGGCCCCACGCCGUCCGCCUCGCGGACUCCUGGAGCUUCCCGGACUGGCAGCUCGACUCGAGUCUCGGUCGCUACGAUGGCAAUGUCUACGAGGACAUGUUCCACCGCGCGAGCGAGCUGAACCCGCUCAACAAGGUUGUCUUUGACCCGUACCCGGACAACAAUAACAUUCUGAAAAAGGACAAUCGGGCAAAGAGCAAGCUAUGA